UAGCUAGCCGGUUACCUCCUAUCCGAAAGAGACGCCAUUAUUUUGGUGGAAAGAAAACGUCCGCGUCGGGUAGAAAGAGGAAGUAUCUGUCAGUUUGGACCCGCUCCUCUCUCACCUGUGGAGGGGUACUGAUUAAACUCAGACCCGCUUCCGCUCUCGAAGCUGUCUAGCUCCUGACUUUACCUCAUUUGGUUUUUUAAAAAAAAGCCGGAAGCCGAUGCGAGCUGCGCAGGGACCUCCAGCUCUCGGUCGCGCGCUCGUUCCCGAUCAAAAAUAAAUAAAAAGGAACGUUAAUAAAGUGUCAUGGCGGCCGGAGGGGCGGGCGGCAGGACGUACUCCUUCAAGGUGGUGCUGCUGGGGGAAGGCUGCGUGGGGAAGACGUCCCUGGUGCUGCGCUACUGCGAGAACAAGUUCAACGACAAGCACAUCACCACUCUGCAGGCCUCCUUCCUCACCAAGAAGCUCAACAUCACAGGAAAGAGGGUGAACUUGGCCAUCUGGGACACGGCGGGUCAGGAGCGUUUUCACGCUUUGGGGCCGAUUUAUUACCGAGACUCCAACGGCGCCGUGUUGGUGUACGACAUCACCGACGAGGACUCCUUCAUGAAGGUGAAGAAUUGGGUCAAAGAGCUCAGGAAAAUGUUAGGGAACGAGAUCUGUUUAUGUAUAGUAGGUAAUAAAAUCGAUUUGGACAAAGACCGCCAUGUUUCAGUGGAAGAGGCAGAGAGUUACGCCGAGUCGGUCGGAGCCAGACAUUACCAAUCGUCAGCCAAGUUGAAUAAAGGCAUCGAGGAACUUUUCCUGGAUCUCUGUAAACGCAUGAUGGAGACGGCUCAGGCCGAGGAGAGGUUGAAGGGCAACGGAGCCAGCCAAUCAGCAUCGAGUAGGCGGGGCGUACAGAUUGUUGACGACGAACCACAAUCCACGCCCGCUGGAGGAUGCUGCUCCUCUGGCUAACGCACACAAACACACAAACACGCUCACGCACACGCACACACACACACACGAACACGCUCACGCACACAAACACGCUCAUGCACACGCACACACACGAACACGCUCACGCACACAAACACGCUCAUGCACACACACACACACGAACACGCUCACGCACACAAACACGCUCAUGCACACGCACACACACGAACACGCUCACGCACACACACGAACAUGCUCACGCACACACACACACACGAUCACGCACACACACACACACGAACACGCUCACGCACACACAAACACGCUCACGCACACACACGAACACGCACACAAACACGCUCAUGCACACGCACACACACGCUCACGCACACACACGAACACGCACACAAACACGCUCAUGCACACACACACACACGAUCACGCACACACACGAACACGCACACAAACACGCUCAUGCACACACACACACACGAUCACGCACACACACACACACAAACACGCUCACGCACACACACACACACGAUCACGCACACACACACACACGAACACGCUCACGCACACACACACACACGAACACGCUCACGCACACACACGAACACGCUCACACACACACUCACGCAUACACACACACGCACAUGGACACACAAACACGCCCACACACACACGGGCACGCACACAUACACACACAAACACGCACACACGGACACGCACACACGCACAUAGACACACACACACGGACACAGACAUAAUAUUCACACACAGUCUCUUUAAAAUUCUAAAAAAUAUAUUAAAAUAAUCCCAACUGUUUUUUGCUGGGAAAUAAUAUUUAAAAUGGUUUAAUCACUGUUCCCUUCAAAAUAAAAGCAUCUCAUGAUCAAAUUGAGCGAUUUCAACAUUUUCAGAACUAAAACCAAUAACGUCCACCAGUGACUCAACGGAAGCACUGAAGCUGUUUGUGUGUUUUUAAUACGAAUAAAAGAGCUGAAGUAACUUUAAGGAGAUAAAAGAUUUAUUAUUAUGAUUAA